UUCUGACUGCUUUCCCAUCGUUGUUUCAGAGGCAAGAGAGAUUCGGUAUUCGAUAAAUUUCUUCACAUGGCUUCUUCGAAGAAAAUUACUCUAAUCAGUUCCGACGGUGAGCGAUUUGAGGUGGAAGAGGCGGUGGCUCUGAAAUCUCAAACUGUGAAGCACAUGAUCGAGGACGAGUGUGGCGACAACGGCAUCCCUACACCCAACGUGACGAGCACGAUUCUUGCGAAAGUAAUCGAGUAUUGCAAGAAGCACGUCGAUUCGUCGUCGUCCGAGGAUGAAGGUCUGAAAAACUGGGACGCGGAGUUCGCAAAAGUGGACCUAGCUACACUUAUUGAUCUGAUUUGGGCUGCAAAUUACUUGAACAUCAAGGGACUGCUGGACUUGACCUGCCAAACUGUGGCGAACAUGAUGAAGGAACGGUCUCCGGAGGAGAUGAGGAAGAUUUUUCACAUCAAGAAUGAUUAUACUCCUGAAGAAGAGGAAGAGGUUCGCCGUGAGAUCAGUUGGGCAUUCAGUGAUUGAAUUGUUUUCAGUUUUUUUUAGGAACAAUAUUAUAUGAUUCAUGUUUUUAACAUUGGCAAUGCAAACUGACAUGUUCAGAAGUUAAUUCAAAUUUUCUCUCGGUUUAUUUGUUUA